AUGUACCUUUUUUAUUCUAGGUACCUUACCUAUUCAUUGAUCACUGGGAACGAGAUGGGAAAAACAAAGCCCAAGAAGACGGACACUAAGUUGGCUUUGAAAGCUGGUGGGAUCAAAUUCUUGAAGGACAAGGGCCAACAUGUUUUAAAAAACCCUCUGAUCAUUCGCACAAUGAUUGAAAAGGCGGGUGUGAAAAACACCGACGUCGUUUUGGAAAUUGGCGCAGGCACUGGUAAUCUUACAUCAAGGCUUAUCGAAAGGGCACAAAAGGUGUAUGCUUUCGAAAUUGACCCGCGAAUGAUAGCCGAAUUGCACAAGCGCAUACGCAGCUCGGCGGAUCGUGGAAAAUUGGAAAUUCUGGUUGGGGAUGCCGUGAAAGCUCAGAUUUGGCCUAAGUUCGACGUCUGUGUUUCGAAUCUGCCGUAUCAGAUAUCUUCACCGUUUAUUAAACGACUCAUUCAAGCCAGUCGCGGUUAUCGAUGCGCCGUUGUUAUGCUCCAGAAGGAAUUUGCUGAUCGGUUGGUCGCCCGGCCUGGGGACAAAUUAUACUGCCGGCUUUCAGCCGCAGUUCAGUUUCAAUGCAAAGUUGCUUUGCUUAUGCGAAUCAGCAAAAACAGCUUCCGACCUCCUCCGAGGGUUGAUUCCGCUGUGGUUCGCAUCGAACCUCGACACCCAACACCCCCCAUCUCCUACUCCGAGUGGGAUGGUCUGCUUCGUCUGGUGUUUGCCCGAAAAAACAAAACAGUGUCGGCUAAUUUUUCUUACAAAGCCGUCGCUGAAUUGCUACGCAAACACUAUUUGGAGUCUUGUCGAAUGGACAAUCGCAGUCCGGAUCCAAUUUCCAUCUCUUCCGACACCGAUGGAGUAGCUGCUAUGGGGCAGAAAAUACACGGAAUAUUGCAAGCAUCUGGAUUUGGUUCGCAGAGAGCUCGUGUAAUGGAUGAAGACGACUUGCUUCGUUUGUUGCUAGCCUUUAAGCGGGAGGGAAUUCGCUUUGGCUGACUUUGUGUAGAAAUUACUUCCACUGUAUAUAUCGGUAUUGUGAGCAAUUGUAUUGUUCUACUUAAAUUAAUAAGUGAAUGAUAUACUUCUGAGCUGUGCGAGAUACAGUCCAACUAGGUGGUUUCAUCACUUUGUGCAGCAGUAACGCAUGAGACAGAUACUUGUUCGAGUUGUUCAAAGCGGUCAUCAAGUGAGUUUUCAGAGUGGCCGAUUAGUUAAAUGUAUGAGGACGACACAGAAGAUGAUAGUAAGAAUAAAUAG